ACACCCACUCCCAACUCUUGCGAUAGUCAGUCUAUCAUGACUGAUCGUGAGAGCUCCCCCACGAACAAAUCUUGUGCGAAGAGUGGAAAUGACUCGCGCCUGCUUAUGACUGUUCAAGAUGAAAGGCAUAAUGCGGCAUCAACGUCGUCCACUCGGUUGGCGCAGCACAUUCGCACUUCAUCAGACCCAGAUUCUGCACAACGAAACCGCAAUAGAGACCUAGCAUUAUUUUCUCGACCUACUACUCGGCGCGGUACUCCUUCGGCCACAGUAUCCCAACCGACCGGGGCUUCUGGAAGUGGCAAUAAAGGUGUAUCUAGAAUGCUGUCUAGCAUUCAAUCCAGUACACCGAGACCUGACGAACAUACUACGUGGAAUCUUUUCAUGCGCACAACUCCAAUAACCAUAUCUGAACGCUCGGCUUCCCGGGAUACGUCGACAUCUCAAGCAUACGACGCAGAUUGUUCUUCCAGCGAAUGCGGACGUAGCAGUGAUGGAGAAGAUUCGCAUCAAUCCAAACAGGAGACCACACCUCUACCACAUGACGAAUCGCAAACAUCCUACGCAUCUUCCUCUAUUCGAAAUCCUUCCAGGCGUACUCUACACGAUCCUCCACGUACCACUGAUCAUAUAUCCCGGACAAUAACUCUAGACAGGCGAAGAGUUGGACAGACUGUAACAUUCAUGCUUCCACGGGAGCAUCCCCGAAGGCGCGCCGACCAAAUCAUUAACCCUACGGAGACCUCGCCACUUCUGAGGAAAGACAUUACACACUCAGGUGACAUAAACAGAGGCAGCAACGACACCAUCGUCCCCAUAGACGCGGAAUCAGUGGGAUCGAGCGAAGAUACGCCACUCUGGGAGUCGAAUCGGAACAUGUUUCGCUGGCUGUCUACAUCUUCCGCAAGCUUAGAUCAUACACGUCGAAUCUUGUUCAGGCAAUCCGACUCGUCUCCUCCAUUCCGGGCACGCGACAGAGGAUACAGCGAAGAAGAUAUGUGGUCCCAGGUAAGCAACGAACAGUACACAUCCGACGGAUACUUGAGCGAGUCUUGGAUGGGGUGCUCUGGAGAAUACGACACUAGGUGUGGGGUUGUUGUCUUUGCAUUUCUGGUCGUUGUGGUGUUGGUUCUGUUUGUGCUCACCAUCUGGGUCUUGUUGAAUCAGUAG